AUGGUCAGCAAACGCAAGAGGGUCCUCGAGGACUUUGACCCCAAUAAGUCUGAUUCCGAGGACGAAAAUUUCGAUCCCACGGAACAGCGCGCUCACAAGAGCUCCAAGAAGGCGCGCUCCACUGGAAGCCGUUCCGGGAAAAAGCGCAGCCGUCGCUACGGAGGCUCUGAUAUCGAUGACGACGAAGACGAGCUCUCCGACAGUCAAGAAGGCUCAUUCAUUGAUGAUGACGAGGACGAGGACGAAAAUGCACCUAUCAACGCCGCCGGUCGUAGGACGCGCAAGGUAGCCGUCAAACCCCAGAACUAUGCUGAAAGCGAGGGCAGCGAAGAGGAGGAAGCGCGGCUUAGUGAUGAGAGCAAAGAGGAAAUUGCCGAUGAGGCACAAGAUCAAAAAGCAACACGUUCCUCUAGCCGCGUUGUCAAGCUCAAGGUUCCCAGCUCCGCCCUCUCCGAUAUUCCACGCCGUGCCACCAGGGCCACCUCCCAUGACCAGGAGGAUCUCGUCGAGCUCUCCAACUCUGGGCGCCACGCCGUCGCCUCCCGCGGCUCCAUGAGUCGCAGCCCAGAGCCCGUGACUCGCAGGAGCUCUCGCGCUUCCAAAGGCGUCAAGACUGCUCCCGAGACUAUUGAGGAAGCUACGCAAGAGAGCAGUCCCAAGGUUACGGGUCUUGACGAUGAAGAUCUCGACGAUCUGGAUAAAGAUAUUCUUGAUCUGCAGAAAAAUAAGGAGAAAACCGAAGAGAUGGAGGAUGUUGAAAAGCACGAAAAUCCCGAGGUGACCGGUACCGGCGAUGACGAUGACGACGACGAUAUCCCUACCAGUCGCAGAACACGAGCUUCGCGUUCUGGGGCUGUUGCGGAAGCAGAGGAGGAAGACCAAGAUGCCACUUCACGGCCCAGCCGACGACUGACCCGUAAAUCGAGUGCGCGCAAGUCGACUCAAGAGCCUAGUAGUGACUUUGAACCUGGCGACGACUCGGAGGAUGCCGCCUCUGAUAUGGGCAAAGACGGCGCGGAUGAUCAGCUUGAUAGUCCCACCCCGCGUGCUAGGGGCGGGCGCCAGUCUCGCUCGGCAGGAGCUUCCCGCCAGGACUCGGGCGAUGAAGACGCCGAGCUGGACUUGGAUGAGCUAAACGAAGAAGCCCGCGAACUGAGAAAAUCAUCGCGACCACGUCGGCGCCGAGAAUCGACUCCCAUCGCAUAUCAGGAAAACACACGCCGCUCUCGCGCCAGAGUCAACUACUACAUGCCUCCCCUCACCUCUGCAAACAUCGAAGACGAUGGCGAAGACCAGGCUCCCACUCCGGCCCGUCGACGUCGCGGUGCUGCUAGCGCCGUAUGGGAUCGGAAUCUCAACACCACAUUUGGGCCAUUUGGUGGCGGCGGUGCGGUUGGUUCUCUGCUCAACGGUCCAUGGGGCACUGGCGCUACCGGAGGUGUCGACUCUGAUAGCAGUGACGACGAAAUGGUGCAUCGAUCCAGUAUUGCUGGCAACGUUGGCAUGACUCCCACGUCAGCUCCGCCAGGCGGCCUGCUCCCUGGCUUGCAAGGCAUGAAUGCGGACGGUGGUGCCCCGAAUGUUGGCAAGAUCAAGGAUCGCAAGGCACUGGCCGACGCCGAUCCCCUUGGCGUCGACAUGAAUGUUGACUUCAGCAAAGUUGGCGGCCUGCAAGGUCAUAUCGAUCAGCUGAAAGAAAUGGUCCAGCUUCCCCUGCUCUACCCAGAGCUCUUCACCAGAUUCCACGUCACGCCUCCUCGGGGUGUCUUGUUCCAUGGCCCUCCCGGUACUGGUAAGACACUGCUCGCAAGAGCACUUGCUAAUUCGGCCGGUCACGGAGGUCGCAAAAUUUCCUUUUACAUGCGCAAGGGUGCCGACGCACUGAGCAAGUGGGUUGGUGAAGCUGAAAAGCAACUUCGUCUUCUGUUUGAAGAGGCCCGUAAGACUCAGCCCAGUAUUAUCUUCUUUGACGAAAUCGACGGUCUGGCCCCUGUUCGGUCGAGCAAGCAAGAGCAGAUUCAUGCUUCCAUUGUCUCUACACUUCUGGCUUUGAUGGACGGCAUGGACGGUCGUGGCCAGGUCAUUGUCAUUGGUGCCACCAACAGACCCGACAACAUUGACCCUGCGCUUCGCCGUCCCGGUCGGUUUGACAGAGAAUUUUACUUUCCUCUCCCCGAUAUUGACGGCAGACGCUCCAUCCUUGACAUCCAUACGAAAGACUGGGGUCUAGCCGAAGACUUCAAAGCCUCGCUUGCUGACAAGACGAAGGGUUAUGGUGGUGCUGAUUUGCGCGCACUCUGCACUGAGGCCGCGCUCAACGCCAUCCAGCGAACCUACCCGCAGAUCUACGCCUCACAGGAAAAGCUCCUGGUCGAUCCUUCCAAGAUCAAUGUGCAUGCGUCCGACUUCAUGCUUUCGAUCAAGAAGUUGAUCCCAUCCUCUGAGAGAUCAGCCACGUCCGGCGCCAGUCCAUUACCGGCCACCAUUCAGCCAUUAUUGCAGAACCAGUUUGAUAACAUCAAGCGGGCCCUCGAUCUUGUGAUGCCGCGCCGGAAGAAAACGACUGCUUUGGAGGAGGCCAUGUAUGAGCCCUAUGCCGACGAUGAUAACGGGUUUAAACGCGAAACACUUCAUCAAGACUUUGAGCGCACCCGCGUCUUCCGUCCCCGCCUGCUUGUCCACGGUAGCCCAGGGAUGGGCCAAAACUACAUUGCUGCUGGUAUUCUGCAUUAUCUGGAAGGUGUCCAUGUACAAAACUUUGACCUGCCCAGCUUGCUUGCAGACGGUCGCUCCAUGGAGCAAGUUAUUGUCGGCCUCUUUACCGAAGUUCGACGCCACAAGCCGAGUGUCAUCUAUAUUCCAAACAUUGAUGUCUGGUAUGAAACGCUAGCUGGUACAAUUGCGCUUGUCACAUUCAAGACGAUGCUCAAAUCUAUUCCGCCAACUGAUCCGGUGCUUCUUCUUGCUACGGCAGAACGCACCAAGGAGCAGUUUACGGACAGUCCAGGCCUCCUCUCCGACUUUUUCGGGUACUCUCACAACAGCCGCGUCGAGAUUGCGCCGCCAGCGCGGCCGGCCCGAUUUGCCUUCUUUCUCAAGGCGCUGGACCUUAUCAAGCUCCCUUGUAGCAUGUUUCCUGACCCCCAGAAACGAGAGAAGCGCAUUUUGGAGGCACUGCCCCCGGCACCGAAGAUUGAGCCCGCGCCCCCAACCAAGGCGGAAAUCAAAGCAUUGAAGAAGAAGGACCAUCAGUUUCUCAACGCCCUCAAGAUUCAGCUGCAACCCAUCAUGGAUCAGAUCAAUCGCAAGUACAAAAAGUUCCGCCAGCCUGUUAUUCCGCAGGCGCAGAUCGACUAUCUCUUUGCCGAGACCGACCCUAACUAUGUGCGACCCGAUAUUGGGUCAUCUGAAAACCGUCCCUUCGAGAUUGUCAAAGACAAAAACAGUGUCGAUGUGCUUCGUGAUACCGUCACUGGAAAGACAUUUUACAAUCUUGAAACGACGACCAUCGAGGAGCGACUGUCAAACGGUUACUACGCUCGGCCCAAGGACUUUUUGUUCGACAUCAAGGCCCUUGCCAAGGACGCAAAGAACAUCGGCGACAAAGAGAGGACACUCAAGGCAAAUGAGCUGUUGAGCAACGUCGAAGUCGAUAUCGCCAGCAUUGAGAAUAGCACAGCAGCUAUGGUCGACUGGGAAGCACUCUAUCAGCGACAGAUACAACGAACCAAGGAGAAGGCCGAGAAAGAGAGACAAAGAAAGGCCGUGGCUACGAAUCUGGCUUUGGACAGGAUACAGUCGGACAUUGGUGGCGGCAACGAGAGCGAUUCACAAGGUCCCGUGACCCUGGGUGUGCAGGUUCCCGAGGACAACACUACAACGGCAAGAUUCCAACUGCGUAGUCCCGAACCUGUCGCCGAUGCGCACGCUCUGAGCAAUGGUGACUCGGCCAAGGAUGCAGAUGUAGAAAUGAGUGGCACAGGCGAGGAAACACAGUCUCCAUCGCAAGCGAUGGGCCCUCCACCUUUCAAGUCCCCGGGUCCCACGCAGCCAUCGCAGCGAUCCGCUCUCACCUCUCUCCCACCUGGUGUGCCGCCGUCAGCCGUAGCCAACGACGCAUCCACCACGAAGACGUCGGAUCUCUCGUCCAAACAAGGGUUAUCAAACUGGGGUACUCCUCAGACAAAUGGCUCCUUGAGGGGGGGAGAGGAUCCCCAUCUUCCCGACACGUGUCCUAGGGAUAGCCCUAACCAGCGCUGGCUACACUCCCAGCCUGACCUCAUCAGCGGGGCAAGCUCGCUUGCGCAACCAACGGUGUCGAGCUCACAGCUACAGAGCUCGGGCGAAGCGAAGCCAAACAACCCGUUGCCGUCGCAGCCCAAGGAACUUGUGCCGUUGGUGGCGCAGCUCCAAGACGAGGUGGCGGACCAAACGGACGGCUUUGCCGUGGAGCAACUGGAGCAGCUCAACCGCGAGAUGAUGGACAGGGUUUGGCAGACGCGUGAUGAGUGGAAUAGACUCAGCGUGUACUAUUCCGUCAAGGGCGUAUUCGACACGACUCUUGCGGCCAUGGAUUCGAUGCAGCAAGCACCACUCGGCAGCCCUUGA